UGUGUGUUGACUUUUUUUUGCUGCUCUUCGUUCACUGUGUCUGUUCCUGGUUUAAACAUGAGCCUUUUCUGUCCGACAGCGCUUUAAACUUUAGGAUUUUUAGAUUUGCGCCGAUGCAAACUUCACGUUACGCUAUUUUACGUUAGAUCGUGUUUUUUUUAGCGGUUUCUGAGAGGUUCUCCGGUUUCCCUGCGCUGUUCCGUCUGCUUCAGGCUCGUUUCUGUGAUGGACUCAAACGCGGAGGAUUUGUUCAUUAAACCAGGGAAUCAGGAGCGCGGCUGGAACGAUCCGCCUCAGUUUUCUUACGGACUCCAAACUUCACGAGGAACGAACAGGAACCUGCUGACUCGAAGAGCUCCCCCUGCAGGUUCAGGAACCCCUCCCAUGACCCCGCCCAUGACCCCUCCCACCUCCGCUCUGACUCCACCCAGACGGGCUGUAGCCCUGCCCCCCUUCAGUCCAGUUGCUCCUCCUCCCAUAGGCUGCCCCGUGGUCCCGCCCCCCACCUCUGGUCCAAUCAGAGCUCAGAGUGAUUCUGUCCAAUCAGAGCGCGAGCCCGAUGUGGAGGAAGUGAUGUCAGUGCUGAACGCGGCCCUGGAGGCGUGUCGCGGAACCACCAGCGUGCAGGUCUGUGGAGACGUGGCGAAGAGGCUGCAGCUCCUGGAGACGUCCUGGAGCAGCGGCCGUUUGAGCGCAGCGGUGAAGAGGAGGAUGAAGAGUCUCACCACAGAUCUCAGGUCCGGUCUGUGGGACUCGGCAGACGAGGCUCACCGCUCUCUGAUGGUGGAUCACGUGACCGAGGUGAGCCAGUGGAUGGUUGGCGUCAAGCGGCUCAUCGCAGAAACCAGGAAGCUGAGUCCAGACCAGCUCCGCCCUCUGACCCAAGGACCGGACCAGGACCAGGACCAGGACCAGGACCCUGAGCGGACGAACCCGGGACAGGACUCUGCAGACCAAACCUUCGAGCAGGAGGAGCCGGUCAGGACUGAGACGAGUCCAGAGGUUUGAGUAAAACCACGACCGGACGUUUUGUGAGUGCGAGGCUCCUCCCCCUCUGGUGGCCGGUCCGGGUACUGCAGCAGUGCUGCUCGUGUUCUGACGGGGCAUCCGGCUUUCACAGAGGUCCGAUUUUGUUGGAGUCUUUUCUAUUUUCACAAAAUAAACUUUUAAAAAUGUUUAAAUCCUCAAAGCUCCUAAACCCGCUCCGAUUCACCUUUUUCACAACAGCUGGAGGUUUUGCGGAACUUUAGGUUAAUGUUUUUCUGUGUAAAUGUGUGUGUAAAUGUGUGUUCAUAAAUCUGCCCCAUCACCAAAUCUUCAACCAACAAACUCCACAAAGGAUAAAUAUUCUAACAUGAAGAAUUUAUCCACAACUAUCAAGAGAAGAAAGAACAAAACUUAAAGAACAAUGACAAUGACAUGUCAAAACAAAAUCGAGCCAAGUUAAGACGACUUGAAUUAAGAAAGUUUUAUCAUGAGCUGAGUAAAUUUCACCUGACGAGUUAAAUGAUCUAAGUCAGUCUGGUGCCACCUUGUGUCUCCACUCGGUUUCAUUUCUCUCCAGUGACUCAGUCAGGAAUCAAAAUACAUUAAAUCAGGGGUGUCAAACUCAUUUUGGUCCGGGGGCCGUAUCCAACCAACUUUGAUCCCAAAGUGUCCGGAUCAGAAAACUCAUGUCAUAUAAACCCCAAAAAUAACAAUAAGUUCAAAUAUUUGUGCAGAGAAAUUCAAAUCUAUUACAGAAAUCUUUUUGAAUUGAUGAACUCUUUCUUUUACAAAAUAUUAUAAUAUUAUGAACAACCUGAAACUUUAAGAAAAAUGCAAUUUCAACACAAUGUUUUAACAUGAACUUGUAUGUAAAUAGGAAUAAGUUCAUUUAUGUUGUAAAAUCCUGCACUCAGCUCCACUUUUCUCAUGUUGGACAUUUUUCUGAUGAGGGUGUCAAGGUCAACAGUCAAAACGAUCGUCCUUUAAGAGCGUUUGGAAAGAGACAAGUCUUCAUUUGUGCUGCUCUGGUGGGAGGGGCCACGUACAGAGACACUGCUGUGAUAAGCACUGCAGAAAAUUACCAAUAUUUUAAUAGAAAAUAUCAUUCAAAUAUUUUAGUAGAAAAUCAGAUGAAGGCCAGAUUAAAGGUCUUGGAGGGCUGGAUCCAGCCCCCGGGCCGUAUGUUUGACAGCCCUGGACUAGAUGGUUCGCAAAACCCUCGGAAGUUGUCGACCAACCAAUCAGAGAAGAGUUAGACAUUUUGUGUUGUCGACGAUUCCCGAGAUCGAGGAUUUAAAGCCGGAACAAAGAGAAUGUUUGGUGAAUUUGAUCUCGGGGAAAGAUGUUAUUGUUCUUCUUCCUACGGGAUUUGGAGCAUUACAAACUUCACGACCAAACAGCAGCGACUGAUUAAAUAAAAAAAGUACUCACCUACUGUUGAGUGAACGACUCCUAAUGCCUGUCACAUCCUGUCACACAGUUUCUACAAAGUGAAACCGACUGAUGAAUCUGAAAAUGAUCUGCCAGUAGAGCAAAACUUUUUUAUUUAAAACGUGAAAAUACAUCUUACUGCACUUAAAAUAAGAAAAACAACUUUUUGCACUUAAAAUAAGAAACAAAAUUGAAUGUUGUUUGAAUUUAAAAAAAAACUCCCUUGUUCCAUUGGUGGAUCAUUUGACUUGUCAAGUUGAAUCGACUCGAUUAAAGUCAAAUGUUCUUAAUUUAAGUCAUUUUAACUUAUCUUUUUUUUUAUUUUCAGUGUAGUAAAACUAACGUUAUGGUCAUGAAGAAAACAGAAGGAACUUGUUCACUCAGACUGAUUCUACAAUUUAAAUUAAAAAUGGAUUUGAUGAUGUAGAUAUUUGGAUAGUUGGAGAGAUUUGUGCAGUUUGAGUCUCCAGGACCAGAACAUGAAUUGAGUUUGUUGUGUGACUAAUGUGGCUCGUUGUUUCCUUUAAGUUUUGUUCUUUUUUCUCUUGAUAGUUGUGGAUAAAUUCUUCAUGUUAGAAUGUUUCUCCUUUGUGAAGUUUGUGGGUUGAAGAUUUAUGAAGCUGCUGAAGAAUACGACACACAUUUACACACACAUUUACUCACACAUUUACAGUAGGGUGACCAAACGUCCGUUUUUCCCCGGACAUGUCCGUAUUUUGCGUCAUGUCCGGGGCAUCCGGGGUUUUUUUUUUAAGUGAUGCAAAUGUCCGGGUUUUCAGUACCGUUCAUUGGGGGCAUUAAACUGAGCGUCUCUCUUAGUUCUCUGUGACUCAGAAGGAGCGAGACACAAACAGUCGGUCAGUCUGCAACACACCGAAGCACAAAAGUGCAUUUAACAAUGACUUGUACAAGAAAUUCUCUGUUUUCCAUCUCGGUCAGGACAAGUGUGAGUCCAUGUGCACAGGUUGUGAGGUGAGAGUACAGUGUCCCUCGUUUAUCGCGGAGUUCCAUUCUAAAAAUAACAGGCGAUAGGUGAAAUCCGCGAAGUAGUCAACUUUAUAUUUUACAAUUAUUCUAUCUGUGUUAAGGCAGUAAAACCCCUCACCACACACUUUAUACACUUUUCUCACACAGGACAGGUGCAACCCUUUUUACUUCCUUCUUAAAACUUGUUGCUGCUGUCGUCCUUGUGUUAUUUUCCUCCUUCUUUAUGUAACGAACUGAAGAUUCAUUUAUUCCGUAAUGGAGCCCAACAGUGCAGAGUCCCGCACGGAUCAAUUUUUGGAGACCCCCAGUACAACACCGCACCCGCCAGUACAGGACCGCACCUGCCCGUUAACCCGAGAUUAUAUCAAACUUUUGCUCUGCCUACGACACGGACUGAACCGAGAGUAAACCAGGACUAACCCAGGAUUGAUUCCAGGACUGAAGAGGACGACUAAACCAGGACUAAACCAGAACUGAAACAGGACUCACUGUCGGGACGGGCUUGGAGGUGACCGCAGGAGAAAGGACCGGCUCAGCUCUGCACCUCACGUGCGUUAAAAGCGGCAAUUGCCCGAUCGCGCUUUGUGGACAAACUGCUCGGCGUUCUCUCUCUUAAGUUUUAAGAUUAGUCCUGGUUUAGACCUGGUUUAGACCUGGUUUAGUCCUGACCCACCCGUGUGUAAUUACUACCCGCCUGUAAUACACAAUACACAUUCAUACGCUGUUAAAAAAAAACAAAAACAAAAAAACAUGCAAAAUUGCACACAAAAAAUCCCCUCCCCCCCAGGUGUCCGGGUUUUCACAAACGGAAAUAUGGUCACCCUAAUUUACACACACAAUUAGACAGAGAAAAACAUUUAACUGAAGUUCUGCGGACUUAGAGCGGGACACUUCUGGACAUGGUGAAAAAGAUCUGUUGGCGUCUCGGGUUCAUGUUCAGACUCAGAGUUCUGUUCUGCUGCUGCUGCUCCUCACUCUGACCUUCACCAGUCGGUCUGAACUCGCUCCGCUCCAUCCUGGACUUUUGACUUCAACAGUUUCUCCCUAAAUCCAGAUCUGAACAUUAAAGUGUCUGUGACAAGUUUUGACGAUUCUCUCAUUUGUUCUGAUCAAACCUGCUGUAAAUAUAAAUAAGAGUUUCACACAAAUCAAGAAGAAAUUAGUGGAGAAAAGUCAACAAACGUGUUGAAAAUGAAACAGAAUGUAGAGUUCUGUUUCAGCGAGCCCCACAAAGACAUCACACCGGCCACGUUUACAUGUUAUUUAAAUUCCAAAUUAAUUGUUCUGAAUUAAAUAGUUUGGAAUUCUGAAUUGUUGUUUCUGCAUUAAACUGGUUAAAUGUU